GCUUCCUCCUCGUGAACAGAUGCUAUACGAUGGCUACAAGAAGAAAUCUUAAACAUCCACGGGAUGAAGACUCAGAGAUGGAUAACUCCAAGAGACUUCGUGGUGAUCUCGACUCGGUGCGUGAAACCUACGUCAAACGGUGGAUGCGAUCGCACAGCUCGUGGACGAGAAACCUCCGACAUUUAGAUGUUGUCGAGGAAGGGGAUGAAAAGACCGAGCUAGAACAAGAGCUUGUGGACGAGUUGACUUUGUCAAUGAUCGAAGAGGGCAAUGAAAUCUCGGCCGCGCUGCGAAACCUCGCACUAGAGAUCGUGAGGGCGGUUGAACGAGACCUAGCAGUCCUCCCCAUUGAGUUGGGUAAGCUCUAUGAUGCAAUCCAUCCUCCCAGGGUCGCAGAUACCCGCAAACGGUCAACGAUGCACCUAGUUUCAGUCAGAGCGCAGGAAAAAGCCACAGUCAAGUCAUGGGCCUCUGAAUAUGAAGGAAAUGGAGUGGACCUCUUUCACAAACACAUUGCCCAUUGCUGUGAGCUGUCAGGCGCCGGAUCGUCCCUCUACGGAAAAAGCUUUGUGAUUGUCAAUUCUUCUGGCAUGGGCAAGAGUCGUAUGGUUGAUGAAUCGUCCAAGACACUAUUCACCGUCCUUUUUGUGCUCAGGGAUGCACGCGGCGGCUUUCCUCCUCCGGACAGCAAUGUGCUGGCAUACUUCCAGCGUACAAGGACCGUGAACGAAUGUGAAACCGCCAUGAUAUGCUUUCUCAAGACACUAUACGAUGAACUGAUCACGCUGCUGAAGGAUCGACAAGAAGAAGCGGGGACACAAAAACAUGCCGAAUUAGCAUACUGGUUUCGUGGCUACCUGGCGACCUGGACUCAUAUGUAUGACCCUAGCCCGGCACGGGUGGACUUCUUCACACGUGUGGUCAAGAAAGCAGAAGAGAUGCAAGACAUACGUGCAACACACGCCUCUCCACCCGAAAAAGAUGGAGAUCGGAUUCUAUCAUCUGAGGUGUCAACCAAAGAGCGAUCGCGCAAGUCUGAGAUGAUAGAUUCAUUCAGCACGCUCUCGGCUCUUUUAGAGCAUGACCCCAAGUCACCUCUACCCAGUCUGUUGCUUGCAUUUGAUGAAGGGCAUACGCUUUUACAGAGGGUUGGCCGACGCGAGGACGAGGCUUCCAUAUACUCAGUAUUGCGCCGAGUUUUGCUCUAUCUGGACGAGAAGCCACAGAUGUCAUGCUUCAUCUCAACGUCUACCAGCAUCGUCGAACAGUCUGCGCCCCCGAUGCGGUUGAAUCCAUCAAGCCGCAUGCAGUCGGGGUUGUAUCGCAGCUUGCCAGCAUUCACCAGCUUGCCGUUGAACAUGACACGAAUACAACCGGACGAGAUGGAUUUGACCUUGGUGAGCAGGGAUGACUUUAUGUGCAAGCAGUCGAGGAUAUUGUUUCGCACACGGGCUGAGCACGGCGUUGACAGCGAUGUAGGCGAGAAUUUGGGGUCAUUCGCCAUGGAGAAACUGGUCGGCGCAUCAUACGGAUUGGAUUUCGAUGAUGGGCAAAAGCUGGCGAUUUUAGCACGACGGAUCCCGAUUCAUAUGCAAACGGACACAAGUGCAUCCCUCAGGACGAUAAAUGAGCAGAUUGCUCGGCACAUGCGUGUGCUUUACCGAAUAACCGACAAUAACGAAACACUUAUCACUGGAUCUCCGAGUGAGCCAAUCAUCUCGGAGGGCGCCAAGGCUGCAAUGGCCACAUUCAAUGCAGCAGAUGCCCUCCGAAGGAUUUUUGUCUCUCCCGGGAUCAGUGUCGAUGACCGUGGUCAGAUGGUCGCCGCGCUCCUUAUGAUCCUCGCCAGCGAUGCUGCCACUAAAUAUGGCAAAUUUUCAAUACCUGCUUUCUUCAAGUGUCUGCUCACUGAUGUCUCGUGGAUGACGCUCAAGAGUUCUCAAGCAUCGCAUGGGCGAAUAUUCCACCCGGAAAGAUUUGAACAGACAUUCGAAAACUCAUUUGGAAACUUCAAUCACGUCAUCAAGGUUUAUGGUAACGUGCCGAGGUCGAAUUCGUUGUAUCGGUACCUUACCAGACGUGCCGCAAUUUCGACGCUAUUCGCCCAACCGGGUGUAGACGGCGCCUUCCCCUACACCAUCGAUGAGACGAAGAUCACGCCCGAUAACACCAGCUUUGCCAUCAUUCAAACCAACGCUGAGGCCGGCAUGCAAAUACCCCCAAAGAGCGCGUUCGACAACAUGAACAGCAUUGUGCGGCAGAUGCAUGAUUACCAUGACGCUGAAUCAACACCCGCGCCCAAACACAAGAACAAGUACAAGCCUGUCAUUCGAAUGAUCUUCUCAUUGCAAUCCAAGGAGACAGAUUUGGUGGUGAUGGAAUACGAAGAUGCCGACGAUGAGCUAGUGACAUGGGACAUCUAUGUGCCCUUCUUAGCACUUGGAGCUGUUCAGGAGAACGCGGGUAUGUGGCAGUCAGUGCUGGAAACGGGGUUGCAAUCAGGGAGUAUAUACGAUGGUGAUGUGACCCUGAUGGGGAUGGACCCUGGGGCCAAAGAUGGCGACGAGUUCUGGCCAAAUUGGGCGCCAACAGAAGAAGGAUCGAGCGGGCAUACAAGAGACGCGAAGGUCAAAGAGGAAGGGAAGGGAUCCAGCAACCCGAAGGGGAAAGGAAAGGCAUCCAGAUAACACGAAGG